AUGUUAUCGUCUACCAACGAGAAAAAGCUCGAGAACUCUCUAGGCCCUGUGACUACCCGUGAGAAAGGCAUCGUUGAGAACGUUCAUUUGGGUUACAAUGUGCAGCUUACGAAGAAUCGGUCAUUGAUCUCUGUUCUGGGGAUGUGCCUUGCCAUCGUUGCAGUGCCGUAUGGUAUUGGUGGUCCUUUGAUGAGCGCCAUCUACGGUGGCGGUCAACUCUCCAUAUUCGUCGGUGUCCUCGUCGUACUCUUCUUCAACGGCUGCGUGGCCAUCUCACUCGCGGAGCUAGCAUCUCGGUAUCCGACAUCAUCUGGGGUAUAUUACUGGUCAUAUCGGCUAUGCGGCGAACGCAAAGAAUUACGCAAGAUUGUGUCGUUCUUGACGGGCUGGUUCUGGCUCAUCGGAAACUGGACGAUUGCGCUUUCUGUCAACUUUGGGUUCGCUUCUCUCAUCGCUGCGACGAUCUCGGUUCACAACCCAGAGUGGAUGGCAUCAGACUGGGAACUGCUGCUCAUAUUCUAUGCGCUGUGCGUGUUGGUAUUCCUUGUAUGCUCGUUCGGAGACAAACUGUUGCCGUACGUGGACUCAGUGGCCGCUGUAUGGAACUUUGUUACCAUCAUGGCACUGCUAGUUGGUUUACUGGUUCGCGCACAGAAAGGCCGUCAUUCUGCCUCUUACGCCCUGGGGAACUACGACAGUAGUUUCUCAGGUUGGGGAACAGGCUUUACUUUCUUCAUCGGCCUCCUCCCACCUGCGUACGCUUUCUCUGCCAUCGGCAUGGUAACAUCGAUGACAGAAGAGUGCGCCCAGCCUAAGGUCGAAGUCUCUCGCGCUAUCGCCCUGUGCAUACCCUUUGGUGGCAUUGCCUCCUUGCUGUUCGUCCUACCGUUAUGCUUCGCGCUUCCACCACUCGAAGACAUCCUCAAUGCACCUUAUGGCCAAGCGCUACCAUACGUCGUAUACUCCAUCAUGGGAUCAAAGACUGGAGCCUUAGUCUUGAUGAUAAUGAUCCUAUUCGUUACACUCUUCUGCGCUAUCGCGAUUACAAACGCUGCUUCCCAUUGCACAUGGGCGUUCAGUCGCGACAAAGCGCUUCCCCUUGCUAGCCUCUGGACACGCACCUUCGCCGACCGACCAAUAUAUUCCCUCACGCUCGUCACAGCCGUCGAAAUGUUGCUUGGUCUGAUUAACCUCGGUUCCAGCAGCGCUUUCACUGCUUUCGCAUCCGUGGGCGUCAUCGCACUUGCCAUUGGGUACCUCAUUCCUAUCACCAUCUCUCUCUUUACCGGUAGAAAGGAAGUCUCACAUGCAAAAUGGAACGUAGGCAGCCUGACUGGCACUACAGCGAAUAUUGGUGCCAUCGCAUGGAUCCUCUUCGAGAUGGUGUUGUUUAGUAUGCCAACCGUACUUCCUGUUACGGAAGUCUCCAUGAACUACGCUAGCGUUGUGUUGGUUGGUUUUGCUUGUUUGAGUGCGCUGUGGUAUGCGAUUUCUGGUAGGAAAGAGUUUGAUGGUCCUCCUGAUGAGGUUUACAAUGUUCAUUAA